GUUCCUCGCAGAGCAUUAUCUUAUAAUCACAAUGCCGGCAAAUGGAAAAAGGAAGAAUCGUUCAAAGUCAAUAGAAGAUGACGAUUUGUUCGUACUGGAUACUGCACCAGAUGCUGUAGAGCAGAAUGAGUCUCAAUCAUCGGCGUCAAGCUCGUCAGCAAGCGAUGGUAGUGACGAAGAUGAUGAUGACAAUAACAGUAGCGAAAGUGAUAAUGAACCUGAAGAUGACAAGUCACAUAACCCGGAUAAACCACUAUCAUCAUUCAAGAGGAGGAAACCAGUUUGGACUGAUCCUAGCACUGCAAGUCUCAGCGUAACACUAGCAGGUGCUGAUGCUAAAGCAAAAGAUGGAAGUCGUAAAGGGAUGAACAAAUUACGCAACUUACGUGAAAAUGCGGAUGAGGUAAAUAUCACCGGUACAGAAUAUGAACUUCGGUUAAGAAGAACAUUUGAAAAGCUACAUCCACGGCCAAGAUGGGCUUCGCUAGAGCUACGCAAUACAGAUGGAAGUACGACUGGAAUGCAAUCUCUUGGAGAUUUGCUGAAUACGGAUGCGGGACUCGUAAGCCGUUCGAGAGGAGAUCAACGACAGAAAGGAACAGCAUUGCCGAAACAGCGGAUAGAAAUCCAAAGACUACGGAAUGCAAAUGAAGCAGAAGCACGAGCAAAGCCAUCUGCAAUCGAACAAGUCGCUUUUCAUCCAGCAGCACGGGCUCACGUCAUGCUUACCACUUCGAAAGAUCGCAAAUUACGAUUAUAUCAUGUUGACACAAGGGACAAUCCACUUUUGGAAUCAGUUCACUUUCCCGAUAUGCCUUUACGUACGGCACAAUUUCAUCCUUCCGGCUCUUCGAUCAUGCUGAGUGGUCCAAGGCCAUUCUUUUACGUCCGUGACAUCUAUUCUGGAAAGACGACACGAUCAACACCUUGGCGUGCUUAUGCAUCCUCCGGUGAAGAUGAUUCACAAGAACGAGAUCUUUCAUUGGCACGUUUUGCUCCCGCACAGGAUGGCGGGAAACAAUUGGCAAUCGGAGGAAGGCGUGGUGCAAUUUAUUUGUUGGAUUACAACCAAGCAGGAGGAUCUGGUGGUGGUAAUUUGAUCGGGAGAAUGCAAAUGAAUGCACCUUUGAAAGGUUUGAGUUGGGAUCCGGCAAAUGAGAACCGAUUGGCAUCUCUAAGCAAUCAAGGAGUCGUGCAUGUUUGGGAUACUAGAAAGAUGACUUGUGAAGUUCAAAGACAUGAUGUCGGUCUGUUUGCACCCAGGAGCAUCGAAGCAAGUCCUUCAGGACAGUGGUGGGCAAUUGGGAGUGAAGAUGGAAUCGUGAAUAUGUACGGUCGUGAAGCGGUUGAGAAUGGCAGCAAUACGGCCAGCAAGAAUGGACAAGUAGUAUCCACCUUGGAAUCACGCAAAUCGAUCAGCAACAUCGUCACAGCUACAACAACUCUUCGUUAUAAUCCUACAGGUGAGAUCUUGGCCAUUGCAAGUUCAAAAAAGAGGGAUGUUCUGAAGAUGGUUCAUCUUCCUUCAAUGACAAUCUUUGAGAAUUGGCCAACAUCCGGAACACCUCUUGGCCAUAUCUCUUCUAUCGAUUUCUCCAGUGGUUCAGAAUUGAUGGCUAUGGGUAAUACACGAGGCAAAGUGUUGCUCUAUUCUCUUCAGCACUAUUCAUAGAGGAUCGUAUCUCAAUUACGUUUAGGCAAUCAUUUUUACAGCACAUAUAUAUUGUACAGUAUUAAUCU